UCCCUGUACGGCGCAUCAGAUACUAAUUCCUCUUCUCAGUAUUUAAGGUUCCAGUAGCAGCCGGUGCAAAGAUGUGACUGGCAUCCUAGCAGCCUGUAUGAGAGGCCUUCUGCAUACAUGUGAAGACAAUUCCUGAUCUCCUUUGUGGAUAAAGUUGUUGGAUUUGCAGAACAUUUCAAAAAUGUCAGCAGGCGAGGCCUUCGUCACCCUGGCCACCACAGACUCAUACUGCAAGGGAGCUAUAGUGGUGGCCAGAAGUUUACAACGCCACGGGACAACUCGCAGCACCGUCGUCAUGGUCACACCAAACAUUUCAGAACAGUCAAGACUUGCCCUUAAGGACGUAUUUGAUGAGGUCAUCACGGUGGAUGUGAUGGACAGUGAUGACCGUCUCCACCUGUCCUGGCUGGGACGUCCUGAUCUUGGCAUCACCUUCACCAAGAUCCACUGCUGGACUCUGACCCAGUACAGCAAAUGUGUCUUCCUGGAUGCUGACACACUUGUUCUGUGUAACGUGGACGAGCUGUUCGAGAGAGACGAGCUGUCGGCGGCUCCUGAUCCCGGCUGGCCCGACUGCUUCAACUCUGGCGUGUUUGUCUUCAGACCGUCCCUCCACACCCACAGCAGGCUCCUGGACCACGCGCUGCAGCACGGCAGCUUUGAUGGAGGGGACCAGGGCCUGUUGAACUCAUUCUUCAGCAGCUGGGCAGCUGAAGACAUCAGCAAACACCUGCCGUUUGUCUACAACCUCAGUGGCAGCUCUUUCUACAGCUACCUCCCUGCUUUCCAACAGUUUGGCCACAAGGCAAAGAUCGUCCAUUUCUUAGGAGCAGUGAAACCCUGGAGCUCCAGCAGCCAGAGGGAUGAGAGCUGCUCACACACCAUGGAGCAGUUUGUGUCUCUGUGGUGGAAGGAAUACCUCAGUUCCACACCAUCAUCCGAAGCAGGGAAACAACAAGAGAUCCAAGAACAAGAACAAGAACAAGAAGCCAAGAUGCCAUUUAGAGAAAACUUGAACAGUUCAAACUCACUGCCUGUACAUCUCCCACCCCCUUCUGGGAGUCUUCAUUCACCAUCUGAACCAGAGACAUGUUCCCACACAGAUAACACACCGCUGGAGGAGGAAGAGUCAAGAACAUGUGAGACGACGGAGAUCCAGGACCCAGGAUUUGGGACACAUGGGUCGGAGAGCAGUGCUAGCGCCUCAAACACUAGGGCUGCAGAGAUGGAGACAGAGACAGACAAAGAGACAGAGACAGACAAAGAGACAGAGGCGGAGCGGCUGGAGCAUCGACAGUUGUGGGAGGCUGGGCAGGCCGACUACCUGGGCAGAGACUCCUUCCAAAACAUCCAGAAGAUGCUGGACCGCUUUCUGGAUUAACACACAGGAACAACUCCGUCACCCAAACACAGCUGUGUCCUCUAGUUCAUUUUUCAUUUCCUCUGGGGUAGACGUCAGUCUGAACCCAGUGGUGAUAGCCAGACUGAUUUCACAGACUGAUUUAUAUGAGUUUUACGGACAAACCCAAACAAAUUCUACUCCCUAUAGGACAGCUAUGCCAGCCAUCUUCAGUUCUACAAACCCUAACUAUACAUACAAUUAAAUAAUUCGUAAGAUGAUCGGGCCUCAAUGUCAGGUUCUAAAAAUCCAUUAUUGCAAAAAAUAAUGCACCAUCUGAAUGGUCCUAAUAAAUACACGAAUAAAUCUCAAUAGUAGAAACCACUAUUGAGCUUUAAACAAAACCAUGCAGCUGAACAUUUUUUUGGGAUGACAGUGUGGCUCAUUGAUGUGUUGUUAAUAAUUAGAGCUCUAUGGUACAGAGGAAGAGGAUAUUUUAACUGCACAGUAUGAAAACUAACAUAUUUAAAGUACUCCAGGUAAAUGCUUGUCAUGUCUUUGGCUCCAUGUCAGGAUUUCUUACCAUCUACUUUUGUUGUUUACACUCUGAUAAAUUAAAGCAAACUGGUGGUCACUGAUGCAAUGUCAGGAUUUAGAUUAUCUGUAUCUGCAUAAACCUACAGCAACGGAAGAGUAUCGGGGCCGGGCAGAAGGGCAGAAUGAGAGGAGCGUUUCAAAUAAAGUAAAGAUCUUGAGAAGGAAGUCAAAAUGUUAAGAAUAAAGUUGAAAUACCAUUUCGAGAACAAGGACAAAAUGUUGAGAAUGAGAAUGAAUCAAACCACUAGACUAAAUUUCUCAACAUUUCGACUGUAUUCUUAAAAUGCAAAUAAAACAAAUCGUCCUUUCAUUUUGUUCCCCUUAUGCAUGGUCAUCCUACUCCUCUGUACGAACGAUCAAUCAAACAGAGAAUCAUUUCUGCAGAGAAGCUUUCACAUAAUUGCACAUAGAAACUCGACUGAACACAACCAAGUUGCAUAACAAUGUGUGAUGCAUUAACACCAACAUGAUAUCUCUGUAACUCUUCCACAUCGGACUGUCUCAAGCACUGGACAUCAAACUCUGUUACAUUGCUUCUUUUUCUUCCUACUACUUCAUAUUCAAGCUGUGUACUAUCUGUGGUCCGAUGAGUGAUGUAUAUUUCAUUUUGACAUUCACAUGAAAGAGGAAGAUGUUGAAACGUUCUGUAACGCUUUAUUUCACAGGUCCCAGGUCACAAAGUAUGUCAUUUGGUAAUAAUGGGGAAAGUGGAGACAGUGCUCAUUUGGUUUGCUUCCAAUCAUUAAAUUCAACAGUUCUUCUUCGAACUUCUUCAGAAAAUGUGCUUAUAAACUUAGCACAACUAAAAAAAAAAAAUCUGAAUAUCUUUCCAUCAAACCCAUUUUCCAUAUAAUUAAUACUAAAGUUGUUUCCAGCUAAUCACGAGAAGAUUAUGGGACUCAUAAAUUAAAGCAUUAUUCUUUUCAUUACAAAAGCAAAACAAUGAUUCAACAUCUCCAAAUUGUGAAUGUUCCACUCUGUAAAAAUAUAUCCUUGUUUGCAAUAAAGCAUGAGAUAUUUUUGAUUUUUGUGUAACUAAAUAUUUCCUCAAGCCGUUUGAGUUCACAUCGGUGAAGAGAAACCAAUAAACACACAC